AUGAUCGCACGGCGGAACCCAGAGCCCUUACGGUUUCUGCCGGAUGAGGCCCGGAGCCUGCCCCCGCCCAAGCUGACCGACCCGCGGCUCCUCUACAUCGGCUUCUUGGGCUACUGCUCCGGCCUGAUUGAUAACCUGAUCCGGCGGAGGCCGAUCGCUACGGCUGGUUUGCAUCGCCAGCUUCUAUAUAUUACGGCCUUUUUUUUUGCUGGAUAUUAUCUUGUAAAACGUGAAGACUACCUGUAUGCUGUGAGGGACCGUGAAAUGUUUGGAUAUAUGAAAUUACAUCCAGAGGAUUUUCCUGAAGAAGAUAAGAAAACAUAUGGUGAAAUUUUUGAAAAAUUCCAUCCAAUACGUUGA